AUGUCCGACGCGUACGCCCGCGAAGAGCAAAACAAUGCCCUCCUUUCCUCGCUCUCCCAAAAGACCUCGGCCCUCAAACACAUCACGCUCGACAUCUACGACAAUGCACGCUCCCAAGAGACCCUGGACAACACGAACGAGGUGUUUAGCAACAUGACCACCAGCAUUCGAGGGUCGGCGGGUCGGCUCACGCGCAUGGCGAGACAGGGUGACAAGUUGGCCGUUCUCAAGUUGGCCGGGAUCAUCAUCGUCGCGGUCUUGCUCAUUUACUGGGUCGGUGGUUGGAUCCUGGGUUUGAUCUUUGGUCGGUGA